UCGACACCCGCCCCCUUUGGCUGGGGUCUCGCAGUCUCUGCCUCCGAGCGCUCAUUCGGUCAGCGGCUGCCGCAGCGAAAAGAGCGGAGUGUGCGGGAUGGCGGCGGGCGAGGGCGGGGCCGAGUCGCUGCCCCCGCCCUCCCCCUCCUUACCAGGCCCCCUUCCGGGCCCCGAACGCGCCUUGGAGGAAGCGGCGGCCUCGGGCAGCCUGAGCCUAGCGGGGCGGCGCCUGAGGCAUUUCCCGGGAGGAGCCGCCCGGCGCUGGGACCUCAGCGACACCACGCAAGCAGACCUGUCACGGAACCGUUUUGCCGAGGUGCCUGAAGACGCCUGCCACCUGAUGUCCUUGGAAGGGCUGAGCCUCUACCACAACUGCCUGCGCAGCAUCCCUGCCGCCAUCGCCAACCUCCAAGCCCUCACCUACCUGAACGUCAGCCGGAACCAGCUCUCUGUCCUGCCCUCCUGCCUUUGCCGCCUGCCCCUCAAAGUCCUCAUUGCCAGCAACAACAAGCUGGCGGCCCUGCCCGAGGACAUCGGUUCCCUCAGCAGCCUGCGCCAACUGGAUGUGAGCAGCAACGAGCUGCAGUCUCUCCCUGCCAGCAUGGGGGGCCUGGAGUCUCUGCGGGACCUCAACGUCCGGAGGAACCAGAUCACCAGCCUGCCCGAAGAGCUGGCUGAGUUGCCGCUGGUGCGGCUGGACUUCUCCUGCAACCGUGUCGCGUGCAUCCCCGUCUGCUACCGCCACCUGCGGCACCUCCAGUGCAUUCUUCUGGAGAACAACCCCUUACAGUCCCCUCCUGCACAGAUCUGCUUGAAAGGCAAGAUCCACAUCUUCAAAUACCUCCACAUGGAGGCCUGCAGCAAGGCCAGGACGGACCUGGCGGAGUUUGCCCGAGGGGGCCGGCCCACUGUCUUCGGAACAUGCCUGCCCGACGACUUCUAUCCCCUCCGGCAGUACGGUGGCCUCGACUCCGGCUUCCACAGCGUGGACAGCGGGAGCAAGCGGUGGUCAGGGAAUGAGUCCACUGACGAGUUUUCCGACCUCUCUUUCCGCAUCGCUGAGCUGGCCCGGGACCCCAAGCAGCUGAAGGAGAAGCGAAGCGGGGGGGCCGCUGCAGCCGAGGCCGGUGAUGGAGAGCAAGUGGACUUCAUUGACAGCAGCAUCAAUGGGGAGGAAGAGGAAGAGGCGUCAGGGCCCCCCCUGGGCAACUCCCACGGGGUGGCCUUUGCUGAGGAGCACCAGAAGGUGGCCGGGAAGACUUCCCUCCUGAAAGCAGGACUGGCAGAGUCUGGUCUGACCGGCAGGGGCAGCAGUGGGACCAGCAUGCCCCGGCCGGAGCCGUCUGGCGAGGAGCGCCGUCGCCCAGAGCUCCUGCAACUCUGGCAGGAGAGGGAGCGCCAGCAGCACCACCACCAGCAGCAGCAGCAGCACCGGCCCCUGUGGAACCAGGGGUUCGAGAGGCGGGACAGUGGCCUGGCAGAGAGCAGCAGCAGCAGCAGCAGCAGCCUCUCGCAGCUGAAGCACCGGAGCCAGGGAGUUGACCAGCUGGCCACUGGUUCUCCGAGGCAGAGCCUGCUUUUUGCCGGUAGCUCCUCUUCAGACGGCGGUCACCCCCAAAGCUCCGGCGCAGCCUCCGCUUCCCCCCGCGAGCCUGGCUCCCUUCACAGGCCGUCCAGCUUCCUUUUCCGCUCCGCGUCGCGGCACAGCACCCAGCGGGGCUCUGGUUCCCUCUCCCCGGAUCUCUCCUCUUCUGAGGCUAGCAGUCCCCUGAGGUCACGCACUGGAUUCCAGGCAGUGGAUGAGCGGGAAGUCACCCUCCAGCUGCGAAAGGCCAUCGAGUCCCAGUUGAACAUCAGCCUGGCUGAGGACCUGGGGGAGGCGCUGGCCAACGGGGUCAUCCUCUGCCAGCUGGUAAACCACCUCCACCCACGGUCUGUGCCCUUCAUCCACGUGCCCUCUCCCGCUGUGCCAAAGCUGAACGCCAUCAAAAGCCGGAAGAACGUGGAGAGCUUCUUGGCUGCCUGUCGCCAGCUGGGGAUCCCGGAGGUCUUCCUCUGCUCUGCCUCCGACGUUGCCCUCCUCCUCCAAGGCAACAGCCGCGGCUUGCUUCCCCUCCUGGAGGCCUUGUUACUGCUGCUGCUCCCGCCUCCCCGGCCAGCGACGGUGGUGGUGGGGAGGCCUCCUGCCCCGGCCGCCCUGUCCGAGCACCUCGCCGGCUUUGGCCUCUUCUAUGUCUGUGUCAUGCUGCUGCUCUACCUGGCCUAUGCCAAGCUCUUGGGCUGUUGAGGGGGCAGGGGAUGUGGAGGCCGGGACACAGAAGGGGUAGGGCCUGGCCCCCCAAGGCGGGAGGGGAGACCUCGGGGAGGCCCUCAGCGGUCCGCCUGCCCCUCUUGGGGUGAUUCAGGCUCGGGAGGGAGGGAGGAGGGCAGUGUUCGCAGGAGGGGGCCCGCGCCCCUCCUUUGGGUCUCCUUGAGAGGCAACAGCUCCCCCUCCCCAGAAAUUUCAUGAUGUUUCUUUUUAAAAAACAGACCCCAACCCUUUCCCAGUCACACCCAUGCGCCCCUCCCCUCCCCAACUAACUCAGGACCACCCGAUGCUCGUGCUGGAGUCGUCCCGCCAGCCACCUGCUCCUUGUCCUGGGGAGGGCGGUGGCUGGGGGGGGGAGACGGAGUUCCCUGGUGCAGCAACGCUGCCCCAUGGCCCCUGUGCCUUGUCCCACCACGGAGGUGCCCAGACACUGGAAAGUGUUCCGUGGGAGGGAAGGGACCCCAAGGCCCCUUUCCCUCCCCUCCCCUUCUGUUGCACUUCAGCCACGUUGCACUAAAUGCAUCAGUGCCUGCAGCGGGAGGGCCAAGCGCCGCCGGUCCUGUCGCUAUGAGGAAGGAAUCCUGGGGAGAGCCGGGGGGGCAUGAAAACCCUCCCCCCACCUCUGUCUUGCCCAAGGGCCGUUGGGCUGCUCCAGGGACCCCAUCCUUGGCGGCGGUGGCUGGUGGUGGUGGUGCUGCGGCCACCGCUGCCAUUCCCCCCCUUCACGUUGACCAAAAAAAAAAAGGCUACAUAUUUUAACCAAAUCACACCCCUUCCCCAGAGGCACACCCAGAGUGGUUAGAGGUCUCUGCCUUUGUUGGCUGCUUGUACCCCUUCAGCGUGGGGCUUCCCUCGUCCCGACCCCCAGCAGCCAUCUCCCCCCCCCCCAAGCUGGGUUUUGGGUAGCUGCUGUCCAGGUCCUCGGGUCACCCCCGGGGGCAUCCCGGCCUUUGAGCCGAGGCACUUCUGGGUCUCAUCCCCCUUCCCGGAGAUGAGCCCUGCCCCUCGGUCCCGCAGCUGCCUGGGGAACGAUUCUGCCAAGGGUUUUUUACCAUGCCAAGUCCUCUGUCCUUCCUGCCGGUGCUGCCCCGGGGGGCGCCCUGCGGCCUUGGAGGCCAGCCCUGGAGACCCUCUGACCUUAAUUAAAACAUGCAAUUUUAGCAGGUCCUGAGAGGGAGGGAGGAGUGGCAAAGCGAAGAAGAUGGGAAGGCCAAGGAGAGGCCUCUUGGGCCAUUUGACGGUCUUUAGCUCUUGCCCCCAGGCCAGGGGCUGGCUCCUGCUCCCCCUGUUGUCUCUGGUACCCCCAUGGAGGCAGGCGGCUCCCUGGACGACAACGGCCAAGCAGAGCUGUCGGUUGGCGGAUUUUGACCGUCGUAGCUCGCCCCCACCCUCCCGAAGUGUCCAAGCGCCACUAAGCUGCAGUUGGACGGAAACGCCUUUAAGGCAGGUAUAAGAGACCCCAGGCUUCCUUCCCGGGGGGUGGGGUGGGGGCUUCCUACUGGACCCUGUUUCCAAAUCUCAGCCACUCGUCUCUCCCUUUGUU